AUGCGCGACGUAUUGGGUAUCACCAAGAGCACCGACAUUCUCGAGCACAUCUUUUCGCUGCCGACCCCGGGACCACAAGAGGAAGCCAUGGAGUCCAUCCGGGCCAUCGAACGGAAGAGCAUGUCCGAACAAACCCCCCAACCAGGCCUGACAACCCUAAUGGCCCACCUAGACGCCCACGACAUCCGCAAGGGCAUCUGCACGCGCAACUUCGAGCAGCCCGUCACGCACCUCCUAACAAAAUUCCUACCUCCAUCCUCCACUUCCAAACCCUUCCACCCCAUCGUGACGCGCGACUUCCGCCCGCCGAAGCCGGAACCGGCGGGCCUGCUGUUCAUCGCGCGCAGCUGGGGCCUAGUGCGGCGCGUCGAGGGCCCAGCGGAUGAGGGGGCGGUGCGGGAGUUGCUGCUAUCGAGCGCCGGGACUGAGGGGGAGAGGGAGGGGGCUGUGGGUGUAGACGGAAAGACGGAUGAAAAGGGAGAGGGGGAGAUUAGCGAAGUCGGCGACGCCUCGGCCCUCAUCAUGGUGGGCGACUCCAUCGACGACAUGACGGCGGGCCGCCGCGCCGGCGCCGCCACCGUCCUGUUGGUCAAUGAUGCGAACCGGCAUCUGGCCGAGCACGAGCACACGGACCUCGUUAUCGAGCGGCUGGACGACCUGGUUCAGGUGUUGGAUUUUGGAUUCGUGGGUAAGGAGAUAGGGGCGUCGGACUGA